AUGCUUUUUACUAUCUUCACAGUUCUGCUGUGCGCCUUCCAGGCCCAGGCCAAGGCAGUAUUUGCUCAUUUUAUGGUUACGAAUACGGCUGAAUAUGUUUGGGACGAUUUCGAAAAUGACAUUAAACUGGCCCAAGAAGCUCAUAUUGACGCGUUUGCGCUCAAUAUGGCAGCUGGUGAUGAUGCGAAUACUGUUGUGCCGCUAUUCUUUCAGGCAGCUGAGAGCCUCGGGUUCAAGUUGUUUUUUUCAUUCGAUUAUGCUGGAAACGGCGCGUGGGAGAUAAAUGACGUGCUAGGUUAUAUCAAGCUAUUUGGAUCAAGUCCGGCUUAUUACCAAUAUAAUGGCCAGCCGUUUGUGUCGACAUUUGAAGGCCCUGCCAACGCGAAAGACUGGCUUUUGAUAAAGGCGGAGACAAAUUGUUUCUUCAUGCCUGAUUAUUCUUCCCUGGGGGCCAAGCCUGCUGUGCAACUGGGUGUCGCGGACGGACUAUUCAGUUGGGCAGCAUGGCCUUGGGGUAAUGAAGAUAUGAACACAUACGUUGAUGCUUCAUACUUGCAGUAUCUGGGCGACUUACCCUAUAUGAUGCCAGCGUCACCCUGGUUCUUUACCAACUUACCUGGGUACACGAAGAAUUGGUUAUGGAGAGGGGAUCAUCUCUGGUAUGACCGAUGGCAAGAGAUCCUAUUCGUGAAACCGCCAUUUGUGGAGAUAAUUUCAUGGAAUGACUAUGGAGAAUCUCACUACAUCGGCCCUUUAAGAGACUAUGCGAUGGACGCUUUCUCAAUCGGCCUUGCUCCCUACAAUUAUGCCACUGACAUGCCACAUGAUGGGUGGCGCCUAUUUUUACCCUAUCUGAUCGACACAUAUAAAAAUGGAAUUGCUACGAUUACAAACGAGGGCCUUAUGGUUUGGCAUCGCUUACAGCCCGGCAGAGCCUGUGCCACAGGUAACACCACGGGUAAUACGGCCAGCCAGUUACAGAUUGAGUUUCCCCCUUACGAAAUAGUGGAAGACAGGAUCUUUUAUUCCGCUCUUCUCUCUUCACCGGCAACUGUCACAGUCAGCAUCGGCGGCAAAAGCCAGCAGGGAACAUGGCAGUGGGAACCAGAUGGCGGCAUUGGCAUCUACCAUGGAAGCGUGCCCUUUGGAAGCAGUGUGGGAGAUGUGGUAGUGACACUUUCCAGAUCUGGGUCUCAAAUUGCCCAAGUUAAGGGAAGUUCAAUAACAACUUCUUGCAAAAACGGAAUCGAGAACUGGAAUGCUUGGGUUGGCAGUGAUUCUGCCUCUAAGACUAUCUCGGCGACCCCAAAACUUGCCCUAUAUGAGCAGAAAUGUAUUAAUGGCACAGGUGCAAAUAACUUCGAAGGAAUUUGCAACUUCGCUUGUGAGUAUGGAUACUGCCCUAUUGGCGCAUGUCUCUGUCAGUUACAAGGAAAGCCAAAGCCCACGCCGAAGGCGACAGGGAAGAUGGGUUAUCCUUUAGCUGGCGAAGAUGCCAGCUAUAGUGGACUCUGUGCAUUUGACUGCCCCUUGGGAUAUUGUCCCGACAAUGCCUGUGGCACAACUUCCGCACCGUUAUCGACGCCGACUGUUUCUGAUUUCCUGCCUCCAGCAUGCGUUGCCGGAACAGGAGAGGGAAACCUUGAAGGCCUAUGCAACUUCGCCUGUAAUUAUGGAUACUGUCCAAUUGCUGCUUGCAAGUGCACAAAACAGGGAGCUCUGAACCCUUUGCCUCCAAAGAAAAACGUGAUCGGCCAUGUGGCUGCAGGUUUGGAUGCAACUAUAUACGGAGGUCUCUGCGCUUUCACCUGUGAGUACGGAUAUUGUCCGGAGGGUGCCUGCUAUGCCGUUAAUGUUACUGGCUCUGGCUCUGGCCCUGGCUCCGGCAUUGUCUAUGUCGAUCCUGUCAUCUUUGUGACUCCAAGUCCAGUCAUCGGUUGCUUCCCUCCGUGCACCUUGAUAAUACCUCCAUCGACAAUGCCUUCUCCGACGACAAUUCACUUCCCAACUUAUCAUACCACCUUCUCUGUGGGCUCUUCAUCAUUUCAAUAUGUUGUCCCCUCCCCUGUUACGACUUCCGUGAUAGACUUCUUUCCUGUGCCUAUUGAUCCUACGCAAACGAAUCCGUUCUCCUUUGCAUUAACGCCGAGUUAUUCUCCACUACCUCUCGUCAUUAGUGCUGGAACGGCUACAACAACUCUCUAUCCGCCGCCAGUCACUGCUCCAUCUCAGACAUCAUCAAGCACGACUGCCCCAGUUUACAUAUCCUUGGGGACGACCGACUACGUUACAAAUGGUAUUACUCAAAAAUUCUCUGAAGCUCAGGAUAUCGCACUUCGAACCCUUAAAACUCCAACUGUAUUAACAACCACGAUUCCUGGGCCUACCUCAGGAACCACAACGCCCUCGCCUGUGGUCAUCUGGUUCCAAAAGGGUGGCUUUUACUGGUCUCCAGUACCUAAUCCGACACCGCCACCUAUCCGGAUCCCAACACUGCCAAAAUUUCCCCCGAUUCCAUCUCCAAAGUGCUUCAAGUUGUUUGACAUUUUCUCGAUCGAUUGUCCACCAAAUAAGCACCUUCCUACCACUACGUUCGAAAGUCACAAGCCGGAGCCUACUUGCACCGGUAAAGGCUGUGGUAAGGUAUGUUCUCACAAUUGCGAUACAAGCACCAGCUCAGAAUGCUCCGAGCGGACUGCAACAGACUACUGGGUGACAUGUUCCGGUACUUCCUGCAAGACCACUAUGAGUGCCACUAUAACCGGCUGCUCUGUUACUGGUACCGCUACUACUACUGGGAGGUACUGUCCUACUGGUAUUACUCUUGAUCCUAAUGAGGAUCAGGGGCAAGAUGGCCCGGCACCCUCGAAGACAGUCAUGGUCACGACGAGUAUUCCCGAGGUAGCAAUUGUCAGUGGUACUCCAGUCACUGUCAAAGGCGGCUCCAUCACCAUUGGUGGCAAACCAUUUGCCAUACCGGCCGUUACUGGCUCGGAAACCACCAUGACUAUCGGAGGUGUACCUGUUGUGGUUGUACCAGGAUAUACAGGUACAGUGCCAUCAUACGCUUACCCUACAACUCUGGCACCGGGAACAAUUACCUCUACGUUCCUUACAACCGUGCAUCCUACCACUAUUGUCACUACUGUAACAGCUAGCAUCCCUCCCUACCCGACCAAGUACAAUUGUAAAGGGUCAGGUCUAUGUGGCUUUUAUCCUCAUUUCGGAACAUACUGCAAGGCAGCACCCAAGAACAUCGUGGACAGCGAAAUAUACGGCACAACUCAUAACGACAGUAACACCGGUGUUUGCGCUGGUGCGGGUGAUACUGCCAAAUUUGGAGACGGUUGCGGAGUAUUUGUUAAAGGAACGGGUUGUGAGAUCACCGGAGCCGUAUUGAGGAAAGCCGCUGAUGACUUGUGGAAUAUUGAACGUUGCGGGGCAUGUGGCAAUGUUUGGCUCUCCAACGGUUGCCGUGUCAUAGUUGAUUUCGUCUCCCAUUGCAAAUCCCCGUCACCGGAUACAAUGGCACCACUAUCAUGGAAUCGAACAAGCUCCGAUAUACUUAUUGGUGUCGUGCCAAACAACUAUACUAUUUCUGACUGAGUCAUGGCGGCCAAUGAAAUGCUCAUGAUACAAACAAGGAAGACUCCAUGGACUAGGGCUUAGUAUAAUGGGAGACUGUCGACCUCUCUCUAUCUGUUAUUCUGAAUUGAAAGCGCUAG